AUGUUUGAACUGCCUGAACUCAUCGCCUACUACAACAAAACAGGGCUGUUUGAGACAGCGCUGCUUCUGGCACAGUUUCAGGCGCAACACGACCAACGUGAGGAGACACGCGUGUUGCUGCUUGAGACACUCUACCACAGUGGAGACCACGCUCGUGUCGUAGAAAUGGCAAGAGAGGAUCCAGCAUUGCUCAAAUACAGGCAGGUGGCCAUGAUCUGUGCUAAAUGCGGCGUAUUGGACAUCUCUCCUCAAACAGGAACCAUUCAAUUGACUCCCAAAGUAACCAGUUACGAAAUUGGAUACAACUCCCUGCUUCACUUUUAUAAGGCAUUGACAGAGACUGAUCGACUUAGAUACGACUCACUGAUACGGUCAUUAGAAGAGGAUUCAGAUAAUACAGAGGCCAUCAUACUCCUGUUUAAGGAUGGAAUGAUCAGAUAUGACGUAUUCAUAGGUCACAUCAGAGCCAUCAAACUCAACCUGAUACGUGACGUACUACUUGACAUAUUCAGUGGUGAAUCAAACAAGCUGUACAAUACACCACUAACUGAUCUAUAUCUGCCACUAUUCACGGUGGAUGAGACCAGGACACACCUGAAGACACUCUUCAAGAGAGCAGUCUACUUCAGCGAGCACCACGGUGCCAAUGAACACGUCAAUCUGAUUCUGAGUCUGUUUUACAUCUCAAAGAAGCAGUACAAGGAGGCAAAGAGGAGACUGGAGCGUGGAUUGGAUCAGAACAGCCACAGUGGAAUGAGCCAUCUCUACCUGGGAAUAUGCUGUAGCAUGUUACGUGAAUCAGAAUACGCCUUACGUCACCUGGAUAGGGCGUAUCUGAUAUGCACUGAUAGCAGUCUACCAGCGUACUAUUUAGCAUGCGAGCACCAGGGAUCCAAUGGAUUCAGCAUUGCCAAUUAUUACUACAAAAUAGCAAUGGAGUAUUCUGGUGCAUUUGGAUCAAACUACGCCUACUUUCUGCUUGAGAACAAGAGGAACAAGGAUGCCCAGAAACACGCUAAGAGGAAUACGGUGCUACGAGUGUUCUACUACCUGAUGACAGACAGGCUGAAGGAGGCACAGAAGGAGAUGGCCCAAUGCAGUGAGACAGAGGGACUCCACUACUAUUUGGCAAAUGGAUACCUGUUGCAUUUGGUAGAAGAAUACGAUGAUGCAAUCAGCAACUACUAUUUGGCACAGAAUAUCAGGCACUUGAAGGUGACAGAGGAGUUGAUUAGCAUUGCAAUGGAGAGCAGAAUCAAGAACGAUAGGAGAAACAAGGCAUUCACCUAUUUAUUGGCUCUGUUUGACACACUGGAAUACAAGAAUAGGAGACUAUUCGUAUUCAUGUGA